AAUGCUAAAGAUUGGGAAAAUAUUCAUGCACAGAUUUUAGCAGAAAAAGAUAUGGCUAAACAGUUCGAGUUAAGACGAACUAAAGGCUUUACGGUCGACUAUUAUUUGUCUUCUGCUGACGCUAUUACUGAGGAUGGAAUAAUUGUUGGAUGUGAUUUGUCAGGAACUCGUGUCGGUGCUUGGAAUUCAGCAGCCGGGAAACUCAUUAUAGUUGCUGGUACAAACAAAAUUGUUAAAAACGAAGAAGAAGCUAAUGAACGUGUAUAUAACUAUGUACUUAAAUUAGAAUCAGCACGUGUUAGAUUAGCAUAUAAACUUCCUGCUAGUGAUGUCACAAAUUAUUGCGUUAUUAAAAAUGGUAACCCUUUUAAUCCUAAGCGUGUUCAUGUUGUAUUGAUUAAGGAGUCUUUAGGAUUCUAA